GUAAUCCCUGGAGCAUCGCGGCCAACGGCGACAUCAAUUUCCAUUUUCUUCUUCGGCCUACUUAGGUAAAUAAAACAUAGCCUUUGAAAAACAGACGACCCAUUUUAUUCUAAUCUAUUGCUUUCCUACCCAACACCAUCGUCUCGUCCACUUCGUAAUCGAGUAGCCGACCGAUAUCGUUUUACUUUCCUUCAAGUGAUUCUUUUCACCUCUUUCAUCCCGAAUCAAUCCUAUCUACACAAAGCAGCAGACAUGGGUGAAUCUCGUCAAGAGUUAGUAGCAUGGCUUAACAGCCUGCUACAGCUAAACAUCACGAAGGUCGAGCAAUGCGGUACCGGUGCCGCCCUUUGCCAAGUCUUCGACAGCAUUUUCCUCGAUGUACCUAUGUCGCGAGUCAAGUUCAACGUGAACACCGAAUAUGCGUACAUUCAGAACUUCAAGGUGUUACAAAACACCUUUGCCAAGCAUAGUGUCGACAAGCCCAUCCCCGUCGAAGCCCUUACCAAAUGCAAGAUGCAGGAUAAUCUCGAAUUCUUGCAGUGGACCAAGCGAUUCUGGGAUCAAUACUACCCAGGCGGAGACUACGAUGCUGUCAGCCGAAGAAAAGGUGCUCCUCUUCCUGCUUCAGGUGGUGCCGCGGCGCGAGCCACCGGAGGCGCUGGAUCAGCUGCGGCACGAAGAGGUGGUACGACUCCCACCACUGGCCCCCGUGUAGCCAAGGCUGGCGGUGGAGGGGCUGCGUCGGCCGCACUGAUGCAAGAGAAUGCGACCUUGAAGGAGACAGUUGUUGGCCUCGAGCGCGAGCGAGACUUCUACUUCAGCAAGUUGCGAGAUAUAGAACUCUUGAUUCAACAGGCUGUCGAAGAGGACCCCGAACUCGAGAAGCAGGAAGACGGUCUCAUCAAACAAAUCCAGACAAUACUGUAUUCGACUGAGGAGGGUUUCGAGAUCCCUGCCGAGGGAGAGACACUGGAUGACCAAGAGACGUUCUAGGAUACCUUCUGGUAAUGGUCGACGAAGUAAUGAACUACCACAAAGAGAGGUUAGGAGAUGGCCAUGAAUUAAUACCGGAGUAGUUAUUGUAUGAUGAGCCAGAAAAAAAAUAGGGAUAGGAUGAUACGGAUGCUGGGGAAGAGGCGCAUCAGGAGGUAAUAUCCUCAAAAUCUCGGCCUUUAUCCAAGUUGCACUGCCAGAGAAGAGGCCGAAGCCUUGAUACCAGAUGUUAUUAUCGUCUCUAUAUACUCUCUCGACCCCGAAUUUCCCCCCUCGAUUUGAGGGCCUGAUACCUUAGAGUUUGACGAUAGAUAUCAACAAGGGCAUUGUUUUUGUUUUUCUAACGUGGUAUACACUCGCCUUAUUUGAUUACUUUGUU